UUAUUUUUCUAUUUUGGGAUUUAUUUUCGCAUUUAAAUCCCGCAUUGAUUCACUUGGACGGACCGGGGUGAGCGGAUGGGCUGAAGCUGUGUGAGCUCAGCAGCAUCAGACUGUGGGUUUAGUUGGAUAGAGGCUCCAGUGCCAACGCCUUUUCCCCCCCUCUCUCUCUCUUUCUCUUUCUCUUCCUCUCCUCCGGCUGGGAAACUUCAGCUCACCGACCCAGGAGCUGCUGGACGGCGUUUCCUCUUCAGCUUCGGUCGAUGAUCUGCUGAAAUCACAAUCCGACACUUGAGAAGUAGUUUCAGAGUCAAAAUGGGCUGCACGAUCAGCGCCGAGGACAAAGCUGCGGUGGAGAGGAGUAAGAUGAUUGAUAAAAACAUCCGAGAAGACAGAGAGAAAUCGUCCAGAGAAGUGAAACUGCUUCUUCUCGGUGCCGGGGAAUCGGGGAAGAGCACAAUAGUAAAGCAGAUGAAGAUCAUUCACGAAGAUGGCUACUCAGAAGAAGAGUGCCGGCAGUACAAGGUGGUGGUGUACAGCAACACCAUCCAGUCCAUCAUGGCCAUCAUCAAGGCCAUGGGCCAGUUAAAGAUAGAUUUUGUGGAUGCUGCACGGGCGGACGAUGCCCGCCAGCUGUUCGCCCUGGCGAGCUCAGCGGAGGAAGGGGUGAUGUCCGCAGAGCUGACGCGUGUCAUUCGGAGGCUGUGGAGCGACGGCGGCGUUCAGGCCUGCUUCGAUCGAUCACGAGAGUAUCAGCUCAAUGACUCGGCUGCAUACUACCUGAAUGACUUGGACAGGAUCUGCCAGCCGAACUACAUCCCGACUCAGCAGGACGUUUUGCGCACGCGCGUGAAGACCACCGGUAUCGUGGAAACGCACUUCACCUUCAAAGAUCUCUACUUCAAGAUGUUUGAUGUCGGGGGUCAGCGCUCAGAGAGGAAGAAGUGGAUCCAUUGUUUUGAGGGAGUCACAGCCAUAAUUUUCUGCGUAGCGCUCAGUGACUAUGACCUCGUCUUGGCCGAGGAUGAGGAGAUGAACCGGAUGCACGAGAGCAUGAAGCUCUUCGACUCCAUCUGCAACAACAAGUGGUUCACUCUAACCUCCAUCAUCCUCUUCCUCAACAAGAAGGACUUGUUUGAAGAGAAGAUCAGCAGGAGUCCGCUCAAUAUCUGCUACCCAGAGUACACUGGUGGACACUCGUAUGAGGAGGCCGCCGCUUACAUCCAGUGCCAGUUCGAAGACUUGAACAAGCGAAAGGACACCAAGGAGAUCUACACCCACUUCACGUGUGCCACAGACACCAAGAAUGUGCAGUUUGUGUUUGACGCUGUCACCGACGUCAUCAUCAAGAUCAACCUGAGGGAGAUCGGGCUCUACUGAAGUGUCACCCGACCCAUGCAGUUAUCAGAAGAAUCAGGACUUCUGGGAUGUCUUGUCUGCAGACGGUGAAAUGGAAAGUAGGUGUUAGUAAGGACUAAGCUGGUGGCCAUGGUGCAUGCAGGAUCUCAACUGCACAAAAUUUGGGGACCUGCGACUAUGAUCACCUUUGUCUUAAUAGAUAUUAAGAUGAUAAGUGCUCUGGGAAGAAGUAAGUGGAGGAGGCUUGUGAAAUGAUUGCUGUGAGUCCUGACAUAUUUAAGAUCUUUGCCUCGUUCAGGCAGGCAAAUCCUCUCAGACGUCUCUCACUUGUUUAUAGUUUGUCAUCUGCACAAGGACCAAAAACCGACCUGCCUGUUCAUCAGAUCCACUGCAUUUCACAGUAGUUUCACAACUAAAAUGUAAAUUUUGCUCUGUUGUGUUGCUUCUUCUCCUAGCUGUGAGUCUGUAUCACGUUGCUUAUAUUUGCAUUUCUUACAUUUUAUUUUCAUUUUUACCUGCCGUUAUGAUGUCCCCAUUUGGAUGUAUGAAUGCCAUAGCGUAUGUAUGGAGCAGAGUUUGGUGUGAGCAGUUGUAUGUACAGUAUAUAAUGUAAUCAUUUGAGCCUAGUUAGCUAGAGUUUAAUGGACUCGGUAGCAUCAUUGCUGUGUAAGAAGCCUUUCAGUUAAACUAGACCACAAUGUACUGAACAAUAUUUUUAUUCUUGAGACACGUCACUGCAAAUCAGUUUGUGAGGGGACAUCUUGAUAUUCAUGUGUGUGUUGUCUUGUUUUCAUUGGACUUUAAAUAAGACUAAAAAUAUUCAAGCAA